CGCAAAAUUUUGGCGAAGAGAGGAGGAAGGAAGAAGAAGAAAGGCGAGAAAGACAAAGAAGAACAAAAAGAGAAAACAAUGUUGAGGACUCGAUUGGUGUGGUUCACGGUGGGGUUUUCGCUGUCGGGAGCUGCGAUUGCGCAGUUCAUCGGCAGAGAUCUAUGGGCGGAGCGAGUCGCUCUUUCUUCUCACGUAGUGAAGCAAAAGAUGGAGACUCUUGAAGCUCGAGUGUCCAAUCUCGAGUCGAUCACUCCGCAGAACUCGACUGCUUCUCAGGCUAAGGAGUAGAAUUUACUGCAGAACUCCAAACGGAACUGGUGAUUAAGAGCCGUUGUUGCUUGUUCAAUCGGCCUUGUUCAAGAACUGGAGUAACUAAGUUCUGUUGGGUGAGAUGAGAUCACAUCUUAUUUGAUUCCUAAACUAGUGAAAACAUUAUGUUUGUUAUUAGCAUCUUUCGGGGUUAGCAAUUGUGUUGAAAAGCUACAGAAUUGAUGCAAAUGUACUAGAGUCCCCAUUCUUUUUUAUGUUGAUUACAUAAUCAUGAUCUUCAAUGAGAAUUUGGAUCAUUUUGACACCGGAAGUGACUAGUUUGGUUGAUUACAGAAA